AUGGCGAUAUCCGAACAGCAUCUCCCCGAGCAAGAAUACGAUUACGAAGCGCUUCCGUCAAACUAUGGCCUCGGUCGGAAUAUGCUAGCAGGCGCUUUUGCCGGCAUUGCUGAGCAUUCGGUGAUGUACCCAGUUGAUUUACUCAAGACUCGUAUGCAAGUCUUGCAUCCUACAACCGGAGGGCUCUACACAGGAUUGACACACGCGGUCUCCACGAUCUACCGAAUUGAGGGGUGGCGGACACUGUGGAAGGGUGUUUCGAGCGUGAUUGUCGGUGCUGGCCCCGCACACGCCGUUUAUUUCGGGACAUAUGAGGUUGUGAAAGACCUGGCUGGUGGAAAUGUGGAUGAUGGACACCACCCGUUGGCGGCAGCAAUGAGUGGUGCGGCAGCGACCAUCGCUAGCGAUGCCUUAAUGAACCCCUUCGAUGUGAUCAAACAACGAAUGCAGGUUCAUGGAUCUGUACACAAGACAAUCUUUCAAUGCGCAAAGUCGGUCUACCGAACGGAAGGCUUCCACGCAUUCUAUGUAUCUUACCCCACCACACUCUGCAUGACCGUACCCUUCACCGCUACCCAAUUUGUCGCAUACGAGUCGAUUUCGAAGAUCAUGAACCCGUCUCAGGAUUACGAUCCCUUUACGCACUGCAUCGCGGGUGGUCUAGCCGGUGCGGUCGCCGCCGGUAUUACAACACCACUUGAUGUGGUGAAGACUCUGCUGCAAACCCGCGGUCUCGCCCAAAACGAGGAGAUCCGCGCGGUCAAGGGCCUUUUCGGCGCUGCAUCCCUCAUCAAGCGCCAGUUUGGUUGGAAGGGCUUCUUGCGCGGCGCGCGACCUCGCAUUAUCUCCACGAUGCCUAGCACCGCUAUCUGCUGGACCUCUUACGAGAUGGCCAAGGCUUAUUUCAAGGGCCGUGUAGACAACUAG